AUCCAAAACCAAAAUCCCAAAAACCCAAAACCAAGUCCAAAAUCCAAGAAUACUUUGUUCACCACAAAUUACUGAAAAAAUCACUUAAAGAUUCAAUCUUUAGUGUCUAUGCUCACUUGGGUACCUCAGAAGCCUCCCAAACCCUGAAAUGAUUUGAUCCAAGAAGCAGAGAAAAAGCAAAUGGGUUUACUCUCAAAACCCUUCAUUUACUUCAUCUACUUGCUUCUGUUCUUCAAUCUUGAGCUCAUUAUCCCAGUUGCUGAAUCUGCCACUGAUUUGACCUCUUUGGUCUACAAGGGUUGUGCAAAGCAGACCUUUUCAGAUCCAACUGGGGUUUACUCCCAAUCCCUCUCAGCUCUUUUUGGGUCUCUGGUUCAACAAUCCACCAAGGCCAAGUUUUUCAAGACCAACUCAGGCAGUGGCCAAACCACCAUUUCUGGUCUCUUCCAAUGCAGAAGUGACCUCAGCAACUCUGACUGCUACACCUGUGUGAGUAAGCUCCCACAAGUAGUUGACAGUCUCUGUGGCAAGACCAUUGCAGCUAGAGUUCAGCUCAUCGGUUGCUACAUGCUCUAUGAGGUUUCUGGGUUUGCUCAGAUUUCAGGGAUGGAAAUGUUGUUCAAGACUUGUGGGGGGACUAACAUUGCAGGGUCUGGGUAUGAAGAGAGAAGGGACACUGCUUUCUCUGUUUUGGAAAAUGGUGUGGUUACCGGUCAUGGGUUUUAUACCACAAAUUAUCAACAAGUCUAUGUCUUGGGUCAGUGUCAAGGAGAUGUGGGUGACUCAGACUGUGGUGAGUGUAUGAAGACUGCUGUGCAAAAAGCUCAGGUUGAAUGCGGUAAUGCUAUUUCAGGCCAAAUCUAUCUCCAUAAGUGCUUUGUGAGUUACAGUUACUAUCCAAAUGGGGUCCCCAGAAGGUCAUCUUCAUCUCAGUCAUCAUCAUCUUCUUCUUCUUCUUCAUCUUCAUCAGAGUCAAAUACAGGAAGGACAGCUGCUAUUAUUUUGGGAGGAGCAGCUGGAGUUGGAUUCCUUGUCAUAUUCUUGUUGUUUGCCAGAAAUUUGAUGAAGAAGCAUGAUGAUUAUUGAUAGGAGAAGAUGGGUUCUCACCUCUCAAAGCGACAAGCUUCUCCAAGGUGGAUACUUGUAGCAAUUUUUUUUUCUUUUCUUUU